AUAUUGACGUGGUUUUUGCUGCGAGGAAGUCUAAAAACACAAUCAGGAAGUGCUCUUAGAUGCCUUCACUCGUGACUGAGGCGGAUUAAUGCACUGUAGCUCGCCUGAGAGUGCGUUGGAUGCUUGUAAAGUGAGACGGUAUCUCCACAAGGACCAUGACUAACCGAGUUGAGGACAAUCUCCAAUGUCCAUCCUGUUCGGACAUCUAUGAAGAUCCCGUCAUGCUGCCGUGUAGUCACAGCUUCUGUCGUGCGUGUGUGCAGCAGUGGUGGGAGCAGAAAGAAGAGCGAACGUGUCCACUCUGUAGAAAAAGGUGUAAUUCGAUGGAUCUACGUCCAAAUUUGUGUGAGUCUGAGUACAUUUGCAGCUUACAUAAGGAGAAACUGAAACUUUUCUGUUUGGACCACCAAGAGCUUGUGUGCCCCAUCUGCAGAGAUGCUGAAAUUCAUACUGGCCAUGAGUUCAGUCUCCUUGAAGAAAUUGUCACAGGUAACAAAGAGAAAGUCCAGGAAAGCCUGCAGGAUGCAAAGAAAAGACUGGAAGAAUACAAUGAGAUAAUGGAUGAGUGCAAUGAACAGGGGGCAUACAUCAAGGUCCAGAGGCAGCAGGUGGAACGCAGGAUUAAGAAGGAUUUUGAGGAGCUUUGUCAUCUACUGCAGGUGGAGGAGGAGGCCAGGUUGUCUGCUGUGAGGGAGGAAGAGCAGGAGAAGAGUUGCACGAUGAAGAAGAAGAUUGAGGCUCUCAGCACAGAAAGGGCCGCUCUCUCAGAUGCCAUCAGAAGCACAGAGGAGCAGGUGACAUCUGACCCUGUUUCCUUCAUAAAGAACUUCCAGACUGCAAUGACCAGAAUUCAGAAGCUCCCCGAGAAGCCCGAGCUGCUCCCAGGAGCUCUGCUGGACAAAGCCAAACAUGUGGGCAACCUCAAGUUCGCAGUGUGGGAACGAAUGAAAGAGAUGGUCUUCUACAGUCCUGUCAUUUUGGACCCAAACACAGCCGGGCCAAGACUCACUCUGUCUGAAGAUCUGACCAGCGUGAGUUGUCAAGAAGGACAGCAACGUCCAAACAAUCCAGAGCGGUUGACCUGGUACUGUGUGCUCGGUUCUGUUUUGGGCUUUGGAACACACACCUGGGAUGUGGAGGUGGGGCACAACAGAGACUGGAGAGUGGGGGUGAUGUGGGGGGACCCUUGUGUGCCUUACAGGAAAGAAUGCAGCAUUGAACUUCUUGAUGGUACCUACAGAAAGUUUGGUGACCAAUCUGAAUCCUUCUUUCCGUCAGUGAAGCCGCAGAGGAUCCGAGUUCAAUUAAACAUGAAUGAAAGAUCAGUUUCAUUCUCUGAAUCCAGUAAAAACACUCAAUUGUGGAAAUCAUAUCCUUCCGAUUGGCCAUGUUUGUCCGACAACAUAAACAUUUUUCCUUUCUUUAGGACAGUUGAUAAAAUUCCUCUGCAAAUAAUUCCACUUGGCCCUCGGGUUACGACUCAGUAAAUGAUUUUGGGGAUGUUUUGCUCCACAAUUAGUCUGAUUUGUUGUUUUGCAUGAAGUCAUUUUUUUUUCUCCCGAAAGGGAAGUUGACAUGGUUUGAUCUGUUCAAUAAACUAAAAAUAAAAGACUAUUUUGAAUGGAUACAAUUUUUUGAUGAAGAAUGUG